UCGAUAUCUUGGUAAAAUAUUCAUUUUUAAACUAGCGGCCAGCGAAAUCUUUGCUUUGUGCUAAAGUCAACAGCCGCCCGCUUGCGGCUCCCAUAAAUGCGGGGAUGCUCCCGGCUCCCGCAGAGCGGGCGCGGCGGCGCGGGGCGCAGGUAGGUGACACCCGCAGCGCUUCCCCUUCUCCUUCUUCUUUGCGUUUGUCACCUCCGGCUGCGCUCCGCUGUCCCCCGCCUCCCCCCGGGCCCGCGGAGGGUGAGCAGGGCGCGGGGCCUCGGGGGGCACCGAGGGGACGGCGGCCCCGUCCCGGUUUUGGGGUGCGCGGGGGAACGGAUCCCUUCGGUCCCCGCUGCACCGCUUCGCCGUGGGAGAGCGGGGCCGGGAGGAGCCGAGGAUGGGGGAGGGGGAGAAUUAGGGUCCGAGGGGGACCCCGUGCGGGAGCGAUGUUGGCCGCAGCCCCCCAGCUUGCUGCCAAGGGCUCGAGUCGUUGCGGGGCCGUCGGAGAGGGAGCAGGGACGCGCGGGUCCCGACUCCCCGUGCCUCGCCGUUUCCCCCCGAGCCUCGCGCUUCUUUCUGCUUUGCUUUCCUUUUUGUUUGUUUGUUUGUUUGUUUUGUUUUCCCUUUUGCUUUCCCCUCUUUUUGCACGUUAUUCCGUUGUCUUCCCCGGCUCCGACGCGCUCUUUCGUUCCGCGCUCCGAGCGGCAUUUCUCCCGUGUCCGUGUCACGGGGAAGCGCCGCUGCCGGUACCAGAGGCGGCCCCCCGACCCCGCGUGGGCAAAAACCGAAGGGAAAAAGACCCCAUCCUUAUUUCCUCGUUGGCAACACGGAGAAAAAAAGGGGAAAACGGGCGUUUAACGGGGCCGGGGCUCAGCCGCUGGGCACGAACACGAGUGGCAUCGCCUACGCGGGGACUCGGGAAGGAGACGUCGCUCGAGGCCCACGGAGACCAGGAGCGGGCUGUGCACGCGAGUCCCCGUCCCCGUGCCGGGUUCCGGCUCCCGACCGAGCGGGUGCCCGGCAGUGACGGGCUCCCGGGGACUCCCAGCAGCGCUCGCCAAUGACCUGUCACCGAACUCUUGUCGCCGCGCGGGGAGGGGACACGCGUGGGAACGGCCCGGGAGCGGCUCACCUCCGCGUUCCCGGCCGUGGGAAGCCCCAGCCCGGCGGGAGCGGCGCUGCGCGCCGCGACCUUCUUCCUCUACUCGUUAUUUGUACUCUAUCGCUAUUGAUAUAUAGAUAUAGGUAGAUAGAUAGUCGAUUUCUACACCCGAGCAUCCCCAGCCUCCUCCGAGCCAUCCCAGCCGCAUUUCCCUGCUACCAGCCCCUCCGAAAGAGGAGCGCGUUAAGCUCCGCUUCCGCCCUUCAUUCCCGCAGAUCGAUUUUAUUCUAUUUUAUUUAAUUUCUAUUGAUUUCUUUUUUAUUUAUUUUUUUAUUUUAUAUUCGGGGAGACCGGGCGGCAUCCGACCGCAAACCCGGGAGACAGCGAGACUCCGCACCCAAACCGCCACCAAAGCCGGCGACUGUUCGGAUGGGCAGUCGCUGUCGCUGUCACCGUCGCGGCUCCUCCCGCGCCCCUCCGGGCGACUUUCCCAGCUCACAACCGCGAUCCGAAGGCAAACUCAGCCCCGCAUCGGCUCGCCUUGUUGGUCAAUGUAUUUAUUUUUUUCCGACUUCCCCUCCGCUGCGGGGACGGGGCGGGAGGAAGGAGUGGGGGGGUGGGGUGCAAAGGCACUUCUUUAAUUGUCCGGGCCCCUAAUGACAUGCAGAGAUGGCUCAAAGGCAGCGGACAUCAAAGCGCAAGGGGAUGGCACGUCGGGCAGGACAGCCGCGCUGCCCCGCUCGCCAAAGGGACAGCUCCUGCCCCAGCCGCCCCGAAGGUUCCUGCUCCCGAGCGGUGCGGGCAGGCGGCCCUGGCAGGAUUGUAUGCAAAAGCGGUCGGUGGGGAUCCUAAAAAAACCGGACAGCUCAGGGUGAGAUGAGUCUAAUUAUUGCUGGUUCUAAAAAGAGCUGGAACACCCAAGUAGGGCUUAACUCGUCUCCUGGGAAACUGAUGGAGACCUAUUUUACAAGCUGUAAUUCUGCUUUAGACUAUUGCAGGCUAAAGGCAGUUGACACUAUCCUCUUUCUUCUAGAAAUAGUCCUAAUCCUAUAUUUCGGCCGGGGAAAGUCCGCUUCUGCUCCACACUAGAUUAAUCCAGAAACCACAUAAAACCAGCGCAGGGGAUCAGUGUCAAGGACGGACAGGGCCAACUUCUGGGCUGCGGAGAGCGUGCUGCUGCCAUGUGUGCAUCCCUUAUGAAACCCCAGAUCCCCAUCUCCGAUUGUCUCUUUGUGUCUGUACUUGUGUGCAAUACCUGCGUUACGCUUCGAUAGACUCGGGAGCGGGCAGAAGCGCUAUCGCUGCCUCGAGGAUAUUCGAGAAGAUGCUUUUCCAGGAUGGAUCCUUUUAGUGAAAAAAGAAAAUAAAUAAUAAAUUGUUACAA